AUGGCGGCCUUGGCGGGGGCGUCGUGGCCGCGCUCGGCGCUGGGCUGGGAGGCGCUGCCGGGGCUGCAGAUCCGCUCGCGCUCCGUGGAGCAGACCCUCGUGCCGCUCGUGGCCCAGAUAACCACGCUCAUCAAUCAUAAGGAUAAACCAAAGCGGUCAGAGAGGACUCUGAAAGUGAUCCAGCGAGUGGGCCAGUCUGUAAACCUGGCGGUUGGGAGAUUUGUGACCGUGGGUGAAGCGAUUGCCCAGGAAAACCAGGAGCUGAAGGAGGAGAUGGCUGCUGCCUGCAUUGAAGCAAAGCUAGCAGGGGAGACGAUUGCUCAGCUUACUGAUGUAGCAGCCUUGGAUCAUCCGGAAUCUGAUGGCCAGAUAACCAUUUUUACGGACAAAACCGGAGUUGUAAAAGCUGCCCGAUUGCUGCUUUCUUCAGUGACUAAAGUAUUGGUGCUGGCUGACCGAAUAGUGAUUAAGCAGAUUAUAACUUCCAGAAACAAGGUACUUUUAACAAUGGAACAGUUAGAGAAAGUGAGUACUUUUCAAGAAUUUGUGCAAAUAUUCAGUCAGUUUGGAAACGAAAUGGUGGAAUUUGCCCAUUUAACUGGAGAUCGACAAAAUGAUCUGAAGGAUGAAAAGAAAAAGGCUAAAAUGGCAGCUGCUCGCGCUAUUCUGGAAAAGUGCACCAUGAUGCUUCUCACAGCUUCCAAGACCUGUCUGAGGCACCCUGACUGUGAAUCUGCCCGUGUGAACAAAGCAGCAGUCUUUCACAGAAUGAGACUCGCCUUGGAGCAAGUGAUAGAGAUUGUGACAGAUUCCCGUCCCAGCAGAGAGCAAGAACCAGCCCCCGUGAGCAUCUAUACCAUCAUCAAGGAGUUCAAGAAUAAAGUGGAAGGUCUGCGAGACAACCUUUACCUUCUGCCGAAAGAGAGUCUUCGGGCAAUGAUGCGGGUCAUCCUCGAGCACACGGAGGAUUUCACCGACUCUGCUUACACCAGCCAUGAGAACCGAGAACACAUCUUGGAGCUGUCCAAGCACGCCAAGUCUGAACUGGAGCGGCUGCUGUCGGCGUGGAUGUCUGCCCAAAGCCUGAAGAAGAGGGAUGUCACAGAGGACAUGGAAGUAGCCCUAUUGAAAAUGUGUCAGUCCUUGAAUGAGCUUCAGAGAGAACUCCACAGCGCAGCCACAUCCGUUGCCACAGACCUGCUGAAAUAUCAUUCAGAUCACUUGGUCUUGAAAGCGUUGAAAGCUUCCGGGGAGGAAGGAAACAUCGAAGCCACCGCAGAACACAGCUGCAGGCUCUCUGAGCAGAAAGAACAGUUGCUUGAAAUAUGUCAUUUAUUGAGGCAUGUCUCUGGGACAGAACCACUUGAAAUCACCUGCCUACAUGCAGAAGACACUUUCCAGGUGACCGGGCCUCAGAUAAUUUCUGCGGCAGAAACCCUGACGCUCCACCCUUCCAGUAAGAUUGCAAAGGAGAACCUGGAGGUGUUCUGUGAGGCGUGGGAGUCCCAGCUGAGCGACAUGGCCCUGCUGUUACAGGAAGUCAGCGACAUGUUUGAAGGAAGACGAGGAGAGAAGCGUGCCUACCUGUCUCUGCCCAAGCCAGGGAAGCAUAAUGCAAAUUUGAAAGCCUUAAAGCCAGUCCGACUUGAUAGUGAGGAACAAGCAAAACUUGGGAAAUCAGGCUUCGAACUGCGUGAGUUGACCUCAUUCGUCAACUCAGAGAUGGAGAGAUGGGAUGACCCAGAAAAUGAGAUUGUGCAGCAUGGACAGUGCUUAUCCAGCAUGGCCUAUUCCAUGUACUUAUUUACAAGGGGGGAAGGGCUUCUCAAAACCACCCAGGAUUUAUUUCAACAAGCAGAGGCCUUUGCUGCAGAAGGAUUAAAGCUCGUUUCAGUCCUCCUUGCAUUUUCUAACCAGCUAGAGGAUGAUGACAAACCAUUGCUUCUGCAGGAGAUCGAAAAGAUGGUCCCUGCUUAUCAGCAGCUUCAGGUAACAGCUAAAGCCCACAUUCAGGGUAAAUCGGCAACUUUUACAAAGGUGUAUACCUGUAUUCAAGAAGCCAAGCAUAUUCUGAAUAUAUUGGUCCAAGUACUGCCACUAAGCUGCAAGUUACUGAGAAAAGUGAGUGGACGUGCAUAUAAAUGUGACAAGAUGUACCGAUUUCUGGUUGAGAGACCACUUUGA